AAUUCUUCUCCCUUCCAUAAACCCUUGUUCACCUUAAGACGAUUUUCUCUCUGCGGUUAACUUCUUUCUGAUUUGCAUCUGUGCUAGAAAGAGGAAUUCUACAUGAAAUAUCACCAUUUCUAUGCAGAGAAAUAACUCCAGCUAAAGCCAAGCAACAAACGCUACGAGGUGGUUUUCUCUUGAUAAAUCAAGGGACCAGUGAUGACUUCUCAGGAAAAAAGUGAAAGUAGUCCACAAUCAGCUGAAGCAGAAAAGCAGUUGGGAAGCUACCCAUAUACUAAUUGGGCAGACAAGAUACAAGAACAGUACCAGAAGAUCAAAGAGAAUGCAGAAACUUACCCCUAUGUUUGGGGUUCUUAUAUAGUUGUGUAUGGAGGACUUGGGCUUUGGUUUACUUAUAGAUGGAGAAAGCUCCGUAGAACUGAGAAUCGAGUUCGAGUCCUUCAAGAAAGACUCCGGAAACUUGUUGAAGCUGAAGAGUCAGUAAGUUCCUCAUCUGCUGCCACCAGUAAGGCGCCUCCAUCUUCUGAUAUAUCAACCAAGUAGAUAGUUGCUUUUACGAAUGCAAGUGACUACCUUUUUCUUUUGUGCUCAAAUACUGAAUUGAAGUUGUCAACUAUAAGGAUAUCACUCCUUGUGUGAUGAUGUGUGAUCGUAAAGGCAAAGUUGGGCAAGCGUUAGAAGCCAUAUGAGGAAAACAGUAUCACUUACUAAAAGUUGAUGUACAUUCCUUGGCAUUUUGGGACCCCCUGACCCAUAACGAGUAUGCUUUUCUAUCGUCAAUGAUUAUGUGACGUUUGUUCAUCUUAGAGAGGGAAUGUGACUUAUAUAUACAACAGUUUUAGCAGUUCUCGA